UAAAAAAAUAUUUACAAAGUUAUGAGGAUAACCAAAUUAAAAGCAAUUAAAAAUAAUAUGAUUUUAAUUUAAUUAUAAUUAAAAUUUAUGGUUCAGUUAGAAAAAAUAGAUGCAACCCUAAUGUACAAAACAUAAUUGAACUGAUCCCAAUUAUUAUACUGAAAACCACAUAUCUAAUUAAAAUAGUUAUAUUUUACAAAAUCUUCAGAUUAUUUUUGUUCAUAUAAAUUACAAAACGAUUUAAAAUUUAUACAAAAAUAAAGUGAAUAUUAAGCACUAUAAUUUAAUUAUUUUAUAAAUAUUUAGAUCCAUAUAUGAAGUAUGACAGAAUUACUUAGUCAUAAGAAAAAAGAAAGCAGACAACAAUCAGUUUUAGUUAAAGUAGAUAGUUCUUAUUGAUAAAAUUUUGUAUUAUCAUUUUCUCAAUAUAUAUGAAAUUAUCAGAAAUUAAAGUGAAUAAAUACUAUUAAAUAAUAGCAUAACUUAGAUAUAAUAGUAUAAAAAUUUGAAUUUUUGUAUUAAUUAUGAAUCUUAAUAUGUCGUCUAACAGCUUUUGUUAAUUAUUUAAUUAAUUCAACUAAAUAGUUAACUAUUUCUAAAAUAAAAUAACUAAAAUAUUUAUACCGAUUUUCUAAGAUUGCAAUCUAAUAAAAUGUUACUACAUCCUUAAGAAUAUAUAUAUAUAUAUAUAUACAUUUUUUAAAAAAUAUUAGAGCUUUAUAAAUAUAUGUCUUUCAAUGCAGAUCUGCGAUUUCCACUUUUUUGGCCAUUACUCAUUUACUCGCAAAUCUGUGGUCUCCACCUUUACGAUAGACAUGGCCUUGUUCUUCUUCUUUUUUAACCUUGGAAAUCAUUUAUUUAAUUGUUGCGAAAGAAAUAAUAGAAAGGGAAAAUAAAAAGGAAUCAAAGAUAUAUAUGAGCUUUGGCACCAUUAAGGCCGGUUUGGUGAAGCUAUAGUUUAGGUGGCAGAAAAUAUUAGGAAUUUCGAAAGCAUUAAUUUUAGAAAGUUUGUUGUGAUGUUUUUUUUUGGGUGCAAGUUUGUCCCAGCAAAGCGGUGAAAACACCGUUUGAUGUUACUUGUUAGUAGUUAACAUUCUUCUUAAUUCUUUCAAGGUGAAAGGGUUGAAACUUUUUUUGACUUUUAACUAAAACAUUAUUUAGGAAUUACAAUGACUGAUUGGACAUGGCACCAAAGAGACAUGUUCAACAAGUUGCUUUUGGUAUCACAAUACGACGGGCCAAGCAUGGGCACAAGAGACACUUUAGGUCACAUAUAUCUAGGAAGAACUCAAGAAUUAAUCGUGAUUGAAUUAGAGUAUUAGAAGAAUGAUUGAUACAUUAAAAUGAUACACGAUAUCGUGUUAAUGAAACCAAAGUACAAAGAAAAGUUAUGUAGUAGAACCAAUAAACAAGUCUUUCUAGUCUAAAAAUUAACAGAAAAUUAACGGAGCGUCUGUCAUACAUAUAAAACCUAUAGAUCAAGUGAGCGGGCGUUAAAUGCCCACUAACUUUAGACACAGGGUGUUAUAGUUCAGUUUUGCUUUCAUGUGGAUAGCAGAAAGUUCCAAACACUAGAUUUCUUUAAUAUGGGAUUCAGAUGAUCUCAAGCCAGGGCCGGCUGAGGCAUAGGGGCAAGGGGGGCGUGGGCCCAGGGCCCAAUUUUUUUUUUGCAUAAUUAGUGUUAAUAUGGGGCCUGAUUUUCAAAAAAAAAAUUUUAAAAGGGGCCCAAAAUUUUUAUGUUAUCCAUAGAGUAUAUGUAAAUUUUUUUUUGAAAAACUAUUUUGCCCAGGGGCCCAUAAUUUUCUUGAGCCGGCCCUGUCUCAAGCAAUCGUUCAACUCGCUCAUCUCCACGUUAUAAGAAUCUUGUUUUGAUUUUACAUGAAAGCUUUGAUCGUAAUAGAAUCAACAAACCCGUUGACUCUGCACAAUCCUCAAAACGUUUUGCAAGGGUUUAUGUUGUUUUGAAAUGGCCGACGGAUACGAGAAUCAAGCUCCUCAGAAGUUCGAGGGGAAGUUUCAAGCAAAGGUCAUAUGUUGUAUUCUUGGAAUCGGAUGUCUCGCUUCUUGGAACAGUAUGCUCACUAUCGCAGACUACUACUACCAUGUUUUCCCGGAUUAUCAUCCUUCAAGGGUGCUAACAGUUGUAUACCAGCCGUUUGCACUUGGAACGAUUGUGAUUCUUGCAUACCACGAAUCAAAAAUAAAUACCCGGAAACGUAACCUGAUCGGUUACAUUAUAUUCACAAUAUCCACGUUAUUGCUAAUAGUUUUGGAUUUGACUACAAGAGGACGUGGUGGAAUCGGACCUUAUAUUGGUUUAUGCGCAAUUGUUGCUUCUUUUGGCCUCGCAGAAGCUACCGUUCAUGGGGGAAUGAUUGGUGAUUUGUCUUUGAUGUGCCCUGAACUAAUCCAGUCAUUCGUUGCUGGUAUGGGUGCAGCUGGUGCUCUAACCUCAGCUUUUAGGCUAAUGACUAAAGCAGCCUUUGAAAACUCAAACGACGGUUUACGCAAAGGAGCAAUGAUAUUCUUAGCGAUCUCAGCAUUGAUACAGUUUCUCUGCGUGAUUCUUUACGCGUAUGUUUUCCCGAAACUCCCCAUCGUUAAUUAUUAUCGAAGAAAAGCGGCCUCUGAAGGAUCUAAAACUGUUAAUGCUGAUCUUGCUGCUGGUGGUAUCCAAAAUCAAUCAUAUUCGACUGAUGAUGUUUCCAAUAAUCAAAGGUUAAGCAACAAAGAGCUCUUAGUUCAAAACAUAGACUAUGCAGUGAAUCUAGCCCUCAUCUACCUUAUAUCAUUAUCCAUUUUUCCGGGGUUCUUAUAUGAGAACACGGGACAACACGGGCUAGGCUCUUGGUAUGCGCUUGUCCUAGUAGCCAUGUAUAAUUGUGGGAACAUGGUUGGGAGGUACACACCGCUGGUGGAAUGGCUCAAGAUUGAGAACAGAAAAGGACUCACCCUUGCGGUUUUGUCACGUUUUCUCUUCAUCCCGGCGUUCUACUUCACUGCAAAGUAUGGUGAUCAAGGAUGGAUGAUUAUGCUCGUUUCUUUAUUGGGAUUGACGACUGGUCAUUUCAAUGUUUGCAUUCUCAUCACUGCUCCUAAAGGCUACAAUGGUCCGGAGAAGAAUGCGUUAGGGAACUUGCUGGUGGUUUUCUUAAUAGGAGGAAUAGUUGCAGGAACUUCUUUGGGUUGGCUAUGGCUUAUUGGUAAGAAGAAUGCCUUCUGAUUACUCCUCAUUUCUCAUUCACCAAAACAACAACAUUGUCAUUUGCUUAUAAUCUUGUUAUAUGAUAUUAUCCUUGAAACCAGAGUAUAUUUAAUUACAUUUGCUAUAUCUGGGGUGGAAAAGAAUAAUUGUCUGCUAGUAAUUUUUUUUGCUACAACCGCCAUAAGAAAAUAAAACAGCUGAAAGAAAUGACAAACAAACCAUAACACAUGGAACUAGAGAUGUUGAAGAUAAUAUACUAUUCAUUUAUGUUUCCAACUAUAUAACUUUAACAUAGCAGAAUACUCUAUUUUUAACCCGUCUUACAAUACCAAGUACAAGAUUAUGGAUUUUUUUUAAAGAUAUUAUUUAAAGGUUGAGAAAACAAAGUGUACAAGCAAAUGCCUAGUGGGCUAAGUAGCCUUACAUAACCAAAAGACUAUGGACUGAGGCCGUACAUAUCCUAAAACUGAGCCAAACAAUAACUCAUUAGUAGCUACAACAAAACUUAAGUUGAUUUUUGUAGUACAUCAUUUGUUUGGUUUGAACUAGUACAAUGCUUGCAUGGAUCAUAGUGCAUGUCCUCCAUAACUAAAACUAAUCCUCCAUUAUUAUUUUCUUGUAAUCUGUAAGUGUUAUUAUCCUUGGAACCAGAUGAUAUUUGGUUAUCUAUGCUAAGUAAUUGUUCCUUUUACUGAUAACAUUUUCUCGUACCAUUUUUUAUUAUGUAAGGCUUAGAUCAGAUAAGGUAAAGUCUUUAUCAAUGAUUUUAUAAGCCUUCACCAUCGCAACUUCAUUUUUUUCACUUUUGGAAAUGAUUUAUAAGUCCUUCUAAAUUAUUUUAUUAAUCCUUAUAAGCUUUAUACAUUAUUUUGUAACUCUUACAAAUAUUUUAUAUGUCUUUAUAAAUAUUUUAUAAAAUAGAAUAAAUUAUUUUAAAUUUUAUAAAUGAUAAUUGUAAACUUUUAAAACACUUAUUCUUUAUUUUGAACUCUUACAGCUGGUUUUAUUAUAUUUUCUAAGUGAUUAACAGGCCUAUGUAAAUGAUUUAUAUGCCUUUAUAAUUUCUUGUAUAUUAUUUAUGAAAAUUUAUAACCAAUUACAAGUUUUUAUAAAUAUUUUUUUUAAAAACAAAUUCCAAUUUAGUGAUUUUAUAAACUUUUAUCAAAUUUCAAAAACUUUUACAAAUUAUUUUAUGAGGUUUUAGUGAUGAAACCCCUCAACUAAACUUUUUAACUCUUUUCAUCCAUAUACGAAAUUAUAGACAAAGGAUGACAUAUAUUAACAGUUUAUAAAGUUAAUGGUUUACAAUAUUACAAUAUUAGUUGAUGAGUUUAUUACUAAAACCUUAUAUUAUUUUAUAAUAAAAUAUAAUAUAUAUAUAUAUAGAUUUUAAAUGAUAUUAUACAUUUUAUAUUCUGUGGUGAUUGAAAAAAAAAUCUUAUAAAUUAUUUAAAAUUUUAAAGACUUUCUAAAAAUAAAAAUACGUAA